CCACAGUCCUCUCCCCGUUUCACAUUUGCAGCGCCAAUUUCUUUCAUUCGCCGCUUUCGGAACUGCCCGACGCUCUGGCCAAACCAAGUUCCAACUCACACACGCACCUUAUCUGUCAAAUAUUAAUUGCGAUACCGCUGUUCUUCUAUUUCUUCCAGACCAACCCAACUACCCAGCCAAUUAAUCGUAUAGGGAUAAGCUUUCAUCAAGAUAGGAAGAGGGAAAAGGAAACCAAAAUAUCCAUCCUUUUUGGAGUUCCAAUUCCAAUCGACGCCUCCUCUCUUUCUCUCCCUCGUCGCGAUAGCACCACCGUUCCCACACCGCCUCUGCUUCGACGGUAGCAACCGGCGGGUAUCGCUUUUUGAGGAAUGGGGGUUUCAGCAUCUGUCCCUGAGAAAUCUAUCCAUGAAUUCACCGUCAAGGACAGCAGAGGUAAGGAUGUUGAACUUAACGACUACAAGGGGAAGGUUCUUCUCGUUGUUAAUGUAGCUUCCAGAUGUGGAUUCACGGAUUCGAAUUACACCCAGUUGACUGAUCUGUAUAGCAAAUACAAGGACCGAGGGUUUCGAAAUUCUAGCAUUCCCGUGCAAUCAAUUCUUGAAUCAGGAGCCAGGCUCGAGUGAGGAGGCACAGGAGUUUGCUUGUACAAGAUAUAAGGCCGAGUAUCCAAUUUUCCAUAAGGUACGUGUUAAUGGGAAUCAGGCUGCACCAGUGUACAAAUUCCUGAAGACAUACAAGAGUGGAUUCCUGGGUUCAAGGAUAAAAUGGAAUUUCACCAAGUUCUUGAUCAACAAAGAUGGGCAAAUUGUGGGUCGGUUUGGCCCAACCGUUGCUCCUCUGGCGAUUGAGAAACAUAUCAAGAAAGAACUCGGAGACGAGGAAUGAGAAGUAAAUGCACAAUCAUGCGAAGAAAGGAAUGAGCAAGAUGGGUUAUCGGUGUGGUUACCCUAGUUGUAUAUUCGAGCCCUAUUUGUACAUUUCGGUUCUGGUUUUGUGGUAUGAGAUGGUGUUGACCAAGAAAAGAGAGCGCUUUUAGUAAAUUUGGUAUGUGUGUGUGGUGGUCGUGAGAUUCGGAUUCCUUCUCCUGUUUGUACUUGCAGCAGAACUGAGAAAUUAAGAUCAAGAUCUGUUAUCAUUUCAUGGGUGGUAAUUUUUGUUUAUGAAAGGGGAACUAGUCAAGCUGAGUUCGAGUUGGAUAUCGGAAAUCGAAAUGAUAAGAUUUAUCAGUUACUUGCUUGUAACCGAUUCGGUUAGUGGCUAAUCAUUAAUCAAUAACAACCUUCAU